GAAUGAUCAUUAUCAAAAGCAUAUAUUGGAUGAAAUGUAUUCUAUAAUCUAUAAAUAAUACGAAUAAGUAAACAGUACUGACGUAUGUACGCAUACAUCCCGGUAUAUCCUUAAUGAGAGUAUUGUGUUGAAUAGCGCGCAUCUUUUACUCUACAUUUAUUUUUUAAUUUAUUUGCGUCAUUUAAAAUUUUAUACUAGCAACAUUUACUUUUUAUAAGAUUUAAAUUAAAGCUUUAAAGAUUUUUCGAUAACGGGCCGAUCACACUAGCAGUCGUAUAUGGCAUUCAACGCGUUGCAAUCUUCCACAUAUUUGUAUAAUAAUAUGCAAAUACGAAAUAUAAUUAAGUUUAUAUAUUAUUUUUAGAUAAACUAUACAGAAAUUUUAUUAUUCCUGAACUACCAUCCGGAGAUUCGUUAGUCAUUGAUAUUAUUUCUACCUGGGGCGACAAACAUUACGUAGGCCUGAAUGGUAUUGAAAUUUUUUCAAAUACUGGAGAACCAGCGAAAAUAAAAGAGAUACGUGCACAGACGACAAGCGUUAAUCAAUCACUGAACAAUGAUCAUAAUCCUUAUAUAAUAAAUAAUUUAAUUAAUGGUAUCAAUCGAACGAGAGACGAUGCAAAUUUAUGGCUAACACCUUAUUCAAAUGAAUUACAAUAAAUCCAGAAUACAUUCCUUUCGAGGAGCCAAAGAUGUUAUUAUCAAAUUGAACGAUAUUAUCAUUUUUUACGGAGAAAUUGCUAAAGCUUCAGGAGAUGAUAUGGGUAGCCUUGAUUCUUUUGGAGAUACUAUAUUAUUUACGACGGACGAAAAUAUUCUGGAAUUGAUAUCAAAAUAUGAUAAUACAUUCAUAGAAUUCAAUAAUGGGACAUCAGAUUGUGAAGAGAAAGAAAUAAUUCGCCCAAUAACGGCAACGAUGACCAAUGACAUUGCUUCAGCGAGACGUAAUAGUGACGAAUCUAUUGAAAAUUCUCCCAACGCGUAUACUGAUAGCAAAAUUGACGAAACCUGCAUUCUUACUCCUCUAUCUUGCAGAGAGAUUCAGUUAAUUAUCCUUUCUAAUUGGGGUUUACAGCAUUUGGUUGGACUUACCGGCGUAGAAUUAAUCGGGGAUCAAGGUAUAACAAUCCCGUUAGUAAAUGCCAACUUGCAUUGUAACGCGGCUGAUAUGCAUUUAAUGAGAUUAAUUGACGGGCACAAUGUUACAACCGAAAUGGAUUAUAUGUGGUUAGCGGAUUUAACAUUAAAUAAGAGAAUUACGAUAACCGUUACUUUCGAUACAGAUGUGUACCUAACGGGAAUUCGAAUUUGGAAUUACAAUGCAUCUUUGGAGUUGUCUUAUUGUGGUGUGAAACAGUUACUAAUUAAAUUAGACGGUAAACAGUUGCAUGACGAGAAUUCUGAUGAUAGCUUCCUAUUGAGACGCGCGCCAGGAUCUUGUCAUUAUGAUUUUGUCCAAGAAAUUAGUUUCCUUAAUCCACCUAAUCGAGAGCAAUCUUCGAAUCAAAUCAUCGAUCCAAUUACAAGAUCACUCGAAGAACUAGAGUCUUUCGAUUCCAACUACGAAGCUCCAUCGAUGCCACACGGAUUCGUUUAUCAAAUAAUAAUUUUCUCUACAUGGGGAGACUCGUACUAUGUUGGCCUCAAUGGAAUACAGCUAUAUGAUAAUUAUGGAAACGAAAUCAAAUUAACUGCAGAUAAUGUAGCCGCAUUUCCCGAAAGCGUCAAUAUAAUAGAAGGAAUAGAUAACGAUAUUCGUACACCGGACAAACUUAUCGAUGGGAUAAAUGAUACUCAAGAUGGGCGGCAUGCCUGGCUAGCUCCAAUACUUCCUGGACAAACAAAUCGCGUAUAUUUAAUAUUUUAUCAUCCCAUUAUGGUAUCAAUGAUCAAAAUCUGGAAUUAUGGAAAAACCUCACAAAGGAGAGUUAAAGAAUUUGCAAUAUUAGUAGAUGACUUACUAGUUUAUAAUGGGACAUUGGAUAAACAUAACUCAUACGGAUUGGUAACGUUUGUAAAGGAAAACAGCAAUGAGAAUCUGAUAAACCGUUCAGAGCAAGAGGGUCGUCUUUUAAAUUUACGAAGAAAUACUUCAGGCACUAAUUUAUUACCGGAUCCAUCCCUUCGCCCGCAUACAUCUUUACAAUUUAAAUAAUUGUAACGCUAUAUACCUAUAUAUUUUUAUACUUACCGAGAUUUUCAUCUUUAUAUUAGUGUCCCGUUUAAAUAAUUAAUGACAGCAUUAAACACACGCGCGCGCGCACGUUUAUACAUAUAUACAUUUGGAGUGUUCCAAAAUUCGAGGGUAAUAUCAUUGCUGCGUGAAACUUCGUGAAAAGUUAUGCGAUUAAAGUGUAAAAAAAAAACCAUUUU